AUGCCACGGGGACGAGGCAGGGCUGGGGCAAACACCACCACUAACACCCCCAGGUCCUCCUCAGGUGAGGGACUGCAGCCGAGGACGGGAGCGGUGGUGAUCGACAUGGGCACCAGGAGCUGCAGAGCAGGAUUUUCUGGCCAGCAGACCCCCAUAGCCGAAAUCAACACCCUGGUGAGCUGCCCUGUGGCACAGCCCAUAGGGACAGAAGACAGGUCCAAGGCUGUCGUUGGGGAGGAAGCCCACCCCAACACUGAAGUGCUCGACCCGAUGCAGAACGGCAUCAUCGCCAACUGGGAAGCAGCCAGAACCCUGUGGCAGCACGUGUUUGACCACGAGCUCAGAGUCCCCCCUGAGGAGUACCCACUGCUCAUCACCGAGCCCCUGCUCAGCCCCACCACCCACCGAGAGAAGAUGGUGGAGGUGGUGUUCGAGUCCCUGGGCUCCCUCGGCUUCUUUGUUGCCCAGCAGCCUGUGCUCUCCACCUACGCCUAUGGCAGAAUGAGCGGCCUGGUGGUGGACAUGGGCUAUGCCACCAGCCAUGCUGUGCCCGUCCAUGAGGGCUACAGCUUAGCAUAUGCCACUGAAAGGAUAGAGCUGGCAGGGUCACACCUCUCCUGGUACCUGCUGACACUUCUGGGGGACACAGGUUGCGUACUGAAUAACGAGGUGGUUCGUAUGGCAGAGGACAUCAAGCACAAGUGCUGCUAUGUGGCUUCCAACUUUGAGAGCGAGUGCCAGCUCCCAUCAGCCAGCUGUGCCCUGGAUUUUCCUCUGCCCGACGGCCAGACCAUCACCCUGAGCAAGGAGAGGUUUCAAUGCCCAGAAAUACUCUUCAAACCUCUGCCCAACUGGGAUAUUUCCAAUGUGGGCAUCCACGAGAUGACCCGCAGAAGCCUUGACCGACUUCCAGAAGAUAUCAGGUCAACAAUGUGCAAAAAUAUCCUCUUAUGUGGAGGGUCCUCUCUCUUUAUGGGACUAGAGAAGAGGUUUUGUAGUGAGCUCCUCCAGAUCCUGCCCCCCAACACCGACGUCAGGGUGGAGGCCGUGCCACUGCGGAGGCACUCGGCGUGGACUGGGGGGUCCAUCCUUUCCUCCCUCAAGAACUUCCAGACGUGGUGGAUCCGAAGGGAUGAGUAUGAAGAAGAGGGGCCACGCAUUGUCCACCAGAGAUGCUACUGA